UAUAAAAAUAAAGUAAGGAUCACUAUUUUUCAUAGUAUCCUACUCUUGUUUUAAAAUUGACCACUACCACAUCAACAAGAAGAUAUUAAAAAACAAGGAAGGUUGUAGUAGAAUCAUGCUCUAUUGCAAAAUAAUGCAGUAGGAGCAGUGUGCCCUUCUGUCAUUGUCACAUUAUACUUUGAUAGCCAUUCAUCUUUGCCUGCACACUUUGCUCCCCAACAGAGUGCACACCUCCAAGUACAUUCUUGGCAUUUUCCCUUCUUUCUUUUUCAUGCCCCACAUUCACUUCUCUUUCUCUUCUUCCAACUCUUCAAUCCCUUCAAUCCUUCAAUCCUUCAAUUCAACUUUCAACCACUACUUCCACUUCCCUCUCUCAAUGGCUGCAAAACCUCCUCAACUUGCUGCACAACCUUUAAACUAUCAGACAUGGUUCUUGAAAGUUUCAAUCCACUGUGAAGGUUGCAGGAGGAAAGUAAAGAAAGUUCUGAAGAGCAUUGAUGGUGUUUUCACUGCAACAAUAGACCCACAGCUGAACAAAGUAACAGUAACUGGAAGUGUUGCUGUGGAGACCCUUCUCAGGAAGCUCGUCAGAGCCGGAAAACAAGCCGAGAUUUGGCCGGAGAAUGACGGGAAAAUCUCCGGCAAUGGGCAGCAGCAGCAGAAGAAGAAGAAGAAAAAUGAAGUUAGAGAACUACAGAGCGUGGAAAAUCACAAGGGAACUGAAAAUGCUUCUGUCAAGUGUAACAGUGAGAAAAAAAGCAGCAGCAAUGACUCGCCGGGAAAUUCCCCCUCCGUUUACCGGAUGCCGUCGGAGGGUGGUCGGAGCGAAGGUGGUGCCGGCUCUGCUAAGAAGAAGAAGAAAAAAUUGCACCUUGGUGGUGGGAAUGGAAACAGUGGUUUGAGUUCAGUGGAAGCAGCUACUGGUGCACCUGCACACACUGGAUUGCAGUUUCAAGAUCUUGUGGGCCCAGUGAAUGUGAACCCUACACGUCAGUAUUGGCUUUUAUAUCCAGAAAGUGGUGUUGCAGCUUAUAACAGAUUGUAUCCUUCUUACUACGUUCCAUCUUCACCCUACACGUGGGCUGGUCUGGACCAAGAUUGUCAUCACUUUCAAUCAGCACCGUUGGUGUCCUUUGAGAUCUUCAGUGAUGAAAAUGUCAAUGGGUGUUCUGUUAUGUGAGACUUGAUAGUAAAGAGAGUGUUGUACUAUGGAUAUUAUUAUUAUUAUUAUUAUUUUAUUUCCUAGAUAGUUUGCAAUCCUACUGCAGUU